CUCUCUCCUUAACCCAAAAACUCAUCUAUCAUCCAUGGCGCUGUGCCACUUCCCAGUAAACCUCCACACUGUUCCCUCCUCUUCAUCAUCUUCUUCCUUUCACCCUCUAUUAUACUCUAACCUUUGGAUUCGUAAACUUAGAUUCCACCCCUUCAGCCACGCAGUUCAAUUGAGCGCCAUCAGAGCCGCCGCCACUGAUGUCGACACUCACCCGAGGAAGAAGAAGAAGAAGAGGAAACCCAAACCGGGUUUCUUCGAAGAGAUCAACGACAAAUGGUCUUCCCGAAUCAGCCCCAAAGACGGCAACUUUCCUUGGCAGAUGAAGCACGAAGAGCAAACUCAACCUCAUCAUCAGGAAGAAGAAGAAGUAAACCGGUCUUCUGAGUUAACCGGUAAGAUAACCGAUUCCAAUCUCCGGUCUAGCUUCCCAAGGCCAAGCGGUUACAUGUCUGCUCCAUGGGUUAACGAUAAUGUCUCUAAACCCGUUAAAGAUGAAAGCUUUAAGGAAAAUAGAUAUAGAAAGGAGAAUGCUUUAGACUUAGAUGAUGAUGGAAGAGGGAUGGUGGUAGAAUCAGGGAGAGACAAAGGAGUAUGGAGAAGUAGGAAGAGUAACACUGCAGAGGCCGAGAAGAUUGUACCGGAACAUGAGCUGAGUAGGCUUAGGAGUGUAGCUUUGAGGAUGGUUGAGAGAGUCAAAGUAGGUUCUGCCGGAAUCACACAGGCUUUGGUUGAAGCCAUUCACGAGAAAUGGGAGGAUGAUGAAGUUGUGAAGCUGAAGUUUGGUGAGCGUUGUGCGCUUAACAUGAAGAGAACUCACGAGACUUUGGAGAAGAAGACCGGUGGGUUAGUGAUCUGGAGGUCAGGAAGCUCGGUGGUGCUGUACAGAGGGAUAAGUUACAAUCUCAAGUGUGUUCAAUCUUUCAUCAAACAGAACGAUGAAGUGGCAAGGGAGUACACAGCAGAGGAGGCGAAUUACCCUAAGAAUGUACCUAAAGAGCAGUUAUCAGAGCUAUGCGAGCUGAACGAUCUGUUGGACGAGAUUGGUCCAAGGUUUCAUGAUUGGACAGGGUGUGCUCCUUUGCCCGUUGAUGCGGACUUGCUUCCUCCGAUGGUUCUAGGAUACAGGUGUCCGUUUAGGGUUCUUCCACAAGGAGUAAAGCCUUGUUUGUCUAACAAGGAGAUGACAGAGAUGCGUCGCCUCGCUAGGAUUAGCCCUCCUCAUUUUGCUCUAGGGAGGAGCAGAGAGUUACAAGGUCUGGCUGUGGCAAUGGUAAAGCUAUGGGAGAAGAGCGCGAUUGCGAAGAUAGCAAUCAAACGCGGCGUGGAGAACACACGGAACGAGAGAAUGGCUGAAGAGCUCAAGAGGCUUACGCGCGGCGUGCUCGUUUCGAGGAACAAAGAGUACAUCGUCUUCUACAGAGGCAACGACUUCAUGCCUCCCGCGGUUUCAGAGGCGUUGAGGGAGAGGCAAAAGGAGAUAACGGAGGUGCUUCAGAACAAAGAGGAUCAACUCCGGGAAACGGCUUCAGCAAGAGUCACACUUUUAUCGCAAGGCAAGCGGAUUAAAACGCCGUUGCUCGCUGGAACUCUCGCUGAGACUAUAGCUGCAAGUUCGCGGUGGGCGCCAGAUGCGAGUAGUGUUGAUGUAGAGGAGUUGAAGAGAGAAGCAGCUUCUAUUAAAAGAGCUGCGUUGAUCAGAGAUCUCGACUUGAGACUUCUUUACGCAAAGCAAAAGCUGAAAAAAGCUGAGAAGGCUUUAGCUAAAGUGCAGAAGGAUCUUGACCCAUCUGAUCUCCCAACUGACUCAGAGAUCAUCACAGAAGAAGAGAGACUUCUUUUCCGCAGAAUCGGUUUGAGUAUGGAUCCAUUUCUUCUAGUAGGAAGAAGAGAAGUGUUUGAUGGCACUAUAGAGAAUAUGCAUCUACACUGGAAACAUAGGGAGCUCGUAAAGAUCAUUGUUAGAGGCAAAUCUCUUCCGCAAGUGAAGCAUAUAGCUAUCUCUUUGGAGGCUGAGAGUGGAGGAGUAUUGGUGUCGGUUGAUAAUACCUUGAAAGGCUAUGCGAUCAUACUCUACCGUGGGAAGAAUUAUCAGAUGCCUUUCCGGCUUAGGCCUUCAAAUUUAUUGACAAGAAAAAAGGCUUUCGCUCGAUCCAUUGAGCUUCAGAGAAGAGAAGCACUAAAGUAUCAUGUUGCUGACCUAGAGGAACGGAUUGAGCUGUUGAAGACAGGACAGGAGGAGGAUAGGGAACCCCACAAGAAAAGUGAUGGAGGGGAAGAUAACUUGUAUUUGAGAGUUGAUGAAUCUGACUAUUCUUCUGACGAGGAUGAAUCUUUCUUAUCAUUGGAGGAAGAGGAGGAAGAAACUUGAACCGAUAAACAAAUAUAACCUCAUAUUUUGUAUAACAAUGUCAGAACCUGUAAUGAUAAAUUUUCAGGUUCCACAAUGAUAAUCUCAUAGUACAUUAUUACAUGUUGCAUAUAAGCACGCACAUAUUCACUUAUUCUUUUCACGUAAAGA